AUGAGGUGUAAAUACUGUGACAGGUCAUUCAGCAUCUCCUCCAACCUCCAGCGGCACGUCCGGAACAUCCACAACAAGGAGAAGCCAUUCAAGUGCCACCUCUGCAACCGCUGCUUCGGGCAGCAGACCAACCUGGACAGGCAUCUGAAGAAGCAUGAGCAUGAGAAUGUACCAGUGAGCCAGCACUCUGGAGUCAUCACAAACCACCUUGGGACCAGUGCCUCUUCCCCAAACUCGGAAUCAGACAACCAUGCACUUUUAGAUGAAAAAGAGGAUUCCUAUUUCUCUGAAAUCAGGAACUUUAUUGCCAAUAGUGAGCUGAAUCAAGCAGCAGCUCUAGCAGAUAAAAGGCCAGAAAUCCAGGAUAUGGAUGGCAAUUCCCAGUGCCAUGGAUUAGCAAACGAGAAAACAGAAGAGGUGGAUGAUGAAGAUGAAGAACUGGAAGAGGAAGACGAUGACAGCCUGACAGGGAAGUCCCAGGAUGAAACAGUAUCACCCACUGCAGAGCCCCGAGGAGCGUUCGAGGACGAGGAAGAUGAGGAGCCCACAUCUCUCACCAUGAGCUUUGAGCACAGCCGAAGGUGUGGUGAGGAGGACGAAGCCGGCUUGUUAGCUUUGGAGCAGAUGCCGCCUUUUGGGAAGGGGCUGGACCUCCGCAGAGCAGCCGAGGAAGCAUUUGAAGUUAAAGAUGUGUUUAAUGCCACCUUAGACUCUGAGGCAAUAAAACAGACUCUGUACAGGCAGGCUAAAAACCAGGCUUAUGCAAUGAUGCUGUCCCUGUCCGAGAACGCUCCCCUCCACGCGUCCGCCCAGAGCUCGCUGGGUGCUUGGUUGGACAUGGCAGGAGCAGCUUCCGAGUCGGGGACCUUUAACCCCAUCAACCACCUCUGA